UUCCACCCCGCCCCUGUCUACAGCACGAUCGGCCAACAUGUGAGGCUGUACCAGGGUGCCGACCUGGUUAACUUGUGAGGAAUCGAAACCGAAGCGUUAAUCCGAGGAUUCAGGAACACACUACUAUUGUUAAGGAUGGCAGGACUAUCGUCGAGAGAGCGCACUGGCUGCAAUAGUCUGCUGAAUCUGAUGUCAGAAAGUGAUUUGCGAUCACUUUUUGAUACAGUCACAAAUAGUCAUAGGCCUAUCCCAAGAUCUGUCGAAGACUUAAAGGAAGCAAUUCUUUUCAACUCCAACGAUGCGGUGGAAUUCCUGAAAAGGAGGAAAGUGCAGCGAGGUUUAAUUUUACAGUACCUCGCCACACAGGAAAUUCUCAUGCCACACAAGAGUGAAAUAACACCGCUGAUAGAAAGGACCUUAUUGUUUUGGUCGUCUGAUGAGCAAUUCCAUGGACAACGCGGUGAACUCCCACAAGCAGCAACAAGAGAGGAUGCGAGAAAUGCCCAGCCAGAGUGGUCCCAUCAAGGCCCAUUACUGGAGGGAAUGAUUCAGUCCGUAGGAACACAGGCUGAGACGCCCCUUGAUCAGUCCGGGGAACCAUUUUGCAGCUGGUUCUUUCAACUCCUAAACAGCCAGAACCCCGCCAUAGACCAGAAUUCUCCAGAAUGGGGACGACAACAUUUUUGCAACGAUGCAAAACUAAAUAUAAUAUAUAGCAGGAUUGGCCAAAAUUCGGGGCUGUACCACGGUGCCGACCGGGUUAACUCGGGUCUGCUGUCGCUGGUCAGGGAGUUUCGGCUGCUCCUCUACCCCAGCACGGAGAACUGCAGGUACCAGGUUGUAAACAACCUGAACAGGGAGGUUCUUCUCGCUGUUGGCGGCACCGUCCAACAUGAACCAUCCAACGGCAGACUGGGAUACUUCGAGCAGGUGUUUGGCCUCAUCUACUCGCGGAUGGGAGGAUAUAAGAUUAAGUUCACUGAUUUAAUUAUCGGACUACCCGGGAUUCCUGAUGGGGGAGGAGAAAAGCCCCCAAAGGUUACCUGGGACUUUGAUGAGCUGAAACUCCGCUUCUAAUCAUAAUAAUAAUUAUGUUUGCUUUAGCUUUCUGCUAAAUCUUAAAUACAUUGCACUUUCUAAAAAAGCUUUUUUAACUUUGCCUUUUUUUUCUAAUUUAUUACUAAAAUGCCUUUUUAACUUUCUAUUUUGCACAUUUAUGAGCAUAUUUUUUUCUUUUACUUAUCUAUUAUUUUAUUUUAUUGUAUGACAAUGUUUAUAUGUGAAGCACUUUGAGUCUGCCUUGUGUAUGAAAAGUGCUGCAUAAAUAAAGUUGCCUUGCCUUGCCUAACUUUGAUCUUGAGAUUUAGAAUCCAAAGGUGUGGGUGCUCUGGCUCAUAGCAGAGACGCAUGGUUUAGUUUGCAGACAAGGCUGGACUGGGACAUUCGGAAUAGGGAAAUCAAGCACCAAUUAUUGAUUUUCGCCAGAACCUUCUGUCAGGGGUUGAUUAAGGUUUAGUUAUUCACAUACGGUUCUUCAGAGAGAACAGUUUUAAAUAUCAAAGAUGUUUUAUUUGUUUGCGUUCUGUCUGUUCAGCAUCCUCCAAUUAGGGCGGGUGGUGGCAGGGUUCAUAAUGUUAGCAUAGUAAUUUAGAGUUUAGUUUAUUGAUUUGAGUGUGGAUAAGGAACUGAAUGUUAGUUUUACAAUUAUUUUACUUUUUAUUAUGUUCAUGGUUAUUGGUUAAGGUACGGCCACACCAACCGCGUUGCUCGCGUUAGGGGCGUUGAAAAUCGGCAUUUUUGCAUAGGGAACCAUUGGUCUAGGCGCGGUACACGCGUUGAAGCGUUGCGUUGGGGGCGUUAGACGCGGCAGUUGCACGUGAUUACGCACGUAAACGCAGUAACGCGCCCAACGCACCAACGCCCGGAGUUCAGAAAAUUGAACUUUCAACGCUCCAACGCGUGGCGCUGGGCCGCGAUAGCCAAUCAGCGUGGAGCUUGACCCGACGUCAC